GAAUACCCCGGAAGUAGUUUGAAGGUCUUUGGAUGUAGCUGAAGUUUAGAUAACCCUGCAAUUCUGUCCCAAAAUUCAUCUCAAAAUGGGCGUAAAAAUAGAGAUGUUCAGAAUGGUGUUGUAUUUGUCCUUUCCUGUUACCAUGUUCUGGCUCUCGAAUCAAGCAGAAUAUUUUGAAGAAUACGUCAUCAAGAGGAAGAGGGAGAUAUUCCCCGCUAACGGAGAAUUGCAAAGGAAAGAACUGGAGGACUUCAAGGAGCGAAUGCGAGCACGGAGGGAGCAGCAACGACUGAAAAAAAUAUCCAUGGAGUCCGAAAAUUAAGGAUGCCUUUGGAAAUAUAGUUACAUUAUACUUAAAUGAGUGGUUAUGUACCAGAUGAGCACGCAUGGAGGGGAGAAAGUUGAAUUUUCAUGAGACUUCCCAGUGAAUUUUGAUUGCACAUACUGUGCAUGCUAUGUAAUCCAGGUUUAUUUGAUGAUUCACCAUUUUUAUUUAUUAUACAAUAUACACACUGUACUUUUUUGUAGGUUUGGUGUAUUUAUUGUAUCCUUACAUUACAUUGUAACACAUAUUCUUAAAACCAUCAAUGAUGAAUUUAUCAAAUAUCAUUACUAUUGUGUGAUCUUGAUAAAAGAUAUUUCUUAUGCUCACUGGGGCAUCAGUAUAAUUUUUUUUAAAUAUGACAUUAACAGAAGUACAUUCUGCCGAGGGUGAAUUGUAUUCAUGAAAUAAUUUUUCAGAUCAAGAUUAUUGUUUUGAAUAUGGUGGUCAUUUAAUUGACAGCAUGAUUUAUUUCAUAUGGC